UGACGCUUUUUAUCGAUUUUUACCAGAACAUCGACGAAACUCGAGGCAAGGCGCAAACUCGUGCGCGCUCGCUCGCUUAGUGCCGCUGCAACAAUUGCUAGUGCAAACUGUCAGUUGAAAUGUCAAAAUUUGCAUUCAUUUGCGGGUAGAUGAGAGCAUAGCGAAUGAUAUUUGAGAGCGCAGCAGAACAGCUGUCAUUUGUUGUUUGUUUACAAUGCAAAAAAAACUUUAGUGCAAAGUGUGUGGUUUACAAGUUACAAUUGACUAAAUCGCAGUUGUUGUUGUUGCCGCGCCUAUUGUUGUUGCUGCUGUGUGCGUUGCGUCACACUUGCGUUGCGUGUUGCUGUAGGUUAGUGCUGUCGUUGUAAUUAUUAUUGAGCAGCUUUGUGAAAAUCUGACAUUUCGCCGGAAAACAAGUAGAGGAAGUGAGUCUGGACAGUGACCGUGUGCCAAACGAAAUGGGGAAACCCAAAAAUUUAGCAAAAGAAAAUUGUGGAAAAAGUUUAGUGAAUGUAAUUUGCGUGCCUGCCUGCCUGCCUGCCUGUGUUUGUGUGUGUGUGUGUGUGUGUGCUGAUGACUUGGUUGCGGUUCGACCCAUUAACGUGUGCAGUCUACAUAUAUGCAGUGGCUGUGAAAGAACCAACAACACUAAAUUAUAGCAAAAAUAUAUCAACAAACAAAUAAUUGUAAGCGAUUUGGAACGGAAGUGUCAUUUGCAGCCAUUAGCAGCCACAAGGCGCUGCUCCAUCAUCGUCGAGUCACCCGAUCACACCGCUACAUCCAAUAGCAAUCGCUGGUGCGGCCCAGAAACUAAAGUAAAUCGACUUUGGGCAGAGAGAGGCGAGGCGCUAAAGGCAAAAAAAAAAUACUUAGUAGCUUCAAUAAUUCAAUGAAAAUCAAAUUAAAGUUAAUUGGCAAAGUCACGAGAGCAACGCAUUUGCAAGCAAAUGGCAAAGGCAGCAGGCAAAACAUUAAGCAACAACAACAACAACAACAACAACAACUGUGUCAAGAAUGGAAGUGGCAAAAGCAAUUGUAGUAUGUAGCUCAGCAGCAAGCACAGCGUGUGAAAAUAUGUUGCUUACAAAGCAACAACAACGAACAAUAAAAAAUCACAACUGAAUGCCGCACCCAAAAAUUUUAACAAAUGCUACAAAAAAUUUAAAGAUAUGAUAAAUAACUAAGUUAAUAAAAUUGCACAAAAAUCAAAGAUAAGAAAAUCGGGCGGCAGUGAGUGAUAAAGGGAAUUGAAUAAAGUAGAUAAUUUUACAGCGAAAGUUGGCACAAAAUUUAAAAAAAAAAGUUAGAUAGAUUUCUUUAUUGAAUACUAAGAAAAAGCAUAGCAUACAAGCAAAAACAACUACACACAUAUGCCAGUCAAGUUUAACUAAACUCGCGACUAAAACUCCAAGAUCAGCAGGCGUCAAGUCGAUUUAACACAACAGAAUAAAGAUUUAACCGAAUACAAAGCAACGAAAAUAAACAAAAUCAACAAAAACAGCAUCGACUUCGGACAUACAUACAUACAUAUAUGUAUAUGUGCUUAAUCAUUUAUUAGUAGCGACUGCUUGAUUUGCGAAAUUAUUUCCAUAAAUAAUAAUUUCCCUUUGUUGAAAUUCACCGAAGUCAUAAAAUACAACUCGCUCAAGCGCAACACCUCCAGCCAAGACAAUGGGUAACACGCAAACGAACCACCACACCACAGUCAACGAGCCACAAACGCCAACGAAUGGCGCUGGUGCUGGUGCCGGUGCCGGUGCAGGUGCGGGGGGUAGCGGUAGCGGCACAUUGAAAAGUCGGCGCGGCAGCCGAGUGAAAGUUUUUGCACGCUUCGGCCAAAGGAAACAAUCGCAGCUGCCAGCGUCCGCGACGAAGGAGGCCACCGCCACCACCACCACCACCAACACCACUGUGGCCACACCUACAUCGACUUCCGCUUACGAUGACUCCAUCGAGGAGGAGGAGCUGAUGCUACGCCAAAGUCAUGCGGCUGUGAUAAGGCAAUUGGAAGAUGAACAAAUGGAUUUCCGAAAAAGUCAAAAACCACAAUCGGCAAAGAAAAAGCUAAGCAAAUUCUUCAGCAGAAAAGUUGAUGAUGAAACAGAAGAUUACGCGACAACAGAAGGUAACAAAAAGAGCACAGCUGCCAGACAAAAACGUCCCGCACCGCAGCCGCCUGAAACAAAAGAAAGUGCGACUCGCUCACAAAAAGCGAUAACAACGCAACGCGAACAACAAAUAAAAGAAUUAACGACAUCAGCAACAACAAAGAGGCUAAAGUCAUCAACAGAUUUUGAAUACACAGCACCCACAACGGGGGCAACAAACGACAAACAAACACCAAAGCCAGAGCACGACGAAGAUCACCGUGAAUUCAUUGAGCAUCUCUUUGCGGCGGUCACCACAAAUAGCGGUAGCGAAGCAAUUGGAACCACAACCACAGCACCCGAUGCUGGCAGCGCAACAGACGAUGAGCGGGAAUGGUUGGACUAUGACGACGACGAUGGAGCGGGUAGAGGCAGGGAGAUUGAAACUACAACAGUACAGCAGAUGGCGGUUGGAAGAAACAAGCAAGCAAAACAAAUACGAAAAAAUACCAACAAACUGUUGGAAGAAUCAACAGUUGGAACCAUUGCGGUGGAGGGAAGUGGUCAUAGUAUUCCAGCGUCGCCAACAACAAUAGACGCCAACAAAGAAGGCGACGAUGCUACUAAGUGGAAUGUCAACACAAAGCGAAACGGCAACGGAUCGGCGACACACGAAAAACAACGGGUUGCAACGUCAAAAAGUUUUAGUAGCAGUGAUGGCGAUGCGGUGCAAUCGAUUAGUGUUGUUGUUGCUGAUAGUUGUGGUAUAGCAAAGCCACAAAGGUACACAAAUCAAAGGCAAAGUCGUGGUGGUGAAAUCACCAAUGAACCAGCAGUGGAUCAGUGCGUGGACAGUGAAAAAUUUGAAUUAGCUGAAAAAUCGAAAAAUUUCGAGAAAAGUGUAGAGAAUGAGAAAAAACUUGGCCACCACCGCAGGUUGGUUGUGCAAACAGAAUCGUGGAAGACGGCGAAUGCCAUAAAACGUGUUGAGGUUCAAUAUCGAGAACAAGCGACGAAAGAGCAGGAGGAAAGUGAACACGGAAAGACGGUGGGAGCAGAAAGUGCAAUUGCAUGCAAAGAAGCCACAGACGCACUUGACGAAGGGGAGAUCUAUGAUGAGUACAACAACAUGCUCGUCUCGGGUCGCCAGAUUACACGGCAACAGCCAGAACAUCAACAACAACAACAACAACAAAACUACGAUAUUGUUCUACUCAAGGAAUUGUCAACUAGUUCUGAUUCACUCUUUACAGACCCCAUAUCACCGCGUAGCAUCGGCGAGCAACAACUACGUCCAGAAGCUACAAAUGAAGUGGACAGAUUCUCACGCGCAUACAAUCGUUUGGCAGCGCGCGGUCUCAACGAUCUACCAACGCUUAUCAAAGAACGACCGAUCAGUGAGAUCAGCAUAACAUCAGCCGACACCUCGGGCAUACUAUCGCCGACAACAGCGCGCGCAGUGCACGAGCUCCAGCGACGACAUCGCGCCGAUAAGGUAGCACAUUUGUCAGUCUCACAAACGACAUAUUGGGAAUUGGUGCCUGAUACGAGUCCGGAACUCGAAUCGGAUAGUCCGGAUGAACAGAUGGCUUUGCAAUUGGGCAAGAAGUUGGCGCAAGUGCUGAGUAGCAGCGGGAGUAGCGGCAGCGCGGCAACAGUGACGCCACAAGAUGGUGCGCCAGCGGGUAGCGGAAGUGGCGCCAGCGCGGAUAUCUUCAGUAAUAUAGCGAAGACAAAGAAGAUUGAAUUGCACAAUCUAUCGUCGAGACUGGGAACGGCAGCGAAUGCGACAGCAGUGACGGGCGCGGAGGAGAAGAUGACAGAUGCCAGCACCUUGAACAACAAACAGUUGUUGCCGCCGCCGCCGCCGCCGCAGCCGCCUCCGACAGAAACUCAAUCAACCGUUAUAAUUUCGUUUAAAUCAUCACAAACACCUGUUCAGUCUCAACACCAAACGCCCGCACCACAUCCCGCCACACCUCCGCCAGUGGCAAGAUCGAAACGGGAUGCCACUGGUUUGGUUACGCCAACCACAACAACACCAACAAUUGCAGCAUCGGAAGUUGCUGCAUCAACGCCUACCACCACCGCUGGUGUAUACUCGGAAUCGGCCGCCACAGCCGCUGUGACGGCAACACCGUCAACACCAGCCAUCGCCGGCAUUCCAGCGACUCCUGCGACUCCUGCGACUCCGGCCACCCCUGCCACACCAACAACGACGCUUAGCAACAAUGUACUCAAAAAAGUUGCUACAUUUACGGCUGAGAAGGCAGCAGCGACAGCGGCCAACACUAUUAGCGCCAGCGCCAACGGAAGUUCGAGCGCCGCAGGCAUGGCCGGGCAUUUGGAGUACAUCAGCGGCU